GACGACGUUAACGAUAUCGUCAGGAGGUUUGAGCGACGUCGUUCGAUCGUAUAUGAUAUCGACGCUACUAAAACUCAUUCAGAAUCUUUCGGGUGCACGCAGUAACACGGCGCGUAUGAUUGUUCUGCGCGUGUGUACGUAACACAAUACUAACACAAUCACAUAGAGACACAAAUUAUAUACAACACGCAGUAUGUCAGGUUCUUCGAAAGUGUCUCAUUUCGCGGUGUAAUACGUCGAACCACAGAAUGACAAGUGCAGGGGGUAGAAGAGGAAGAUAGAUGAUGGGCUUUGCACGUAGGGAGGACGCGUCGAUGAAUCCGUUGAGUUCUAGGGAUAAUGGCUGCUGUUACUAGGGACACGCGAAGUUAUGCGUUUACCGCAGAAUACGUCAGUGUUGUAUGUACUUUGUUCUAUUCUUCGUUACCUCUAUUAUUACAAAUUAUUUAUAAUCAUUAUUUAAAAUUUUAUAAUUUUUUCUUUUCUUUUCCUUUCUUUCUUCUUUUUUCUUUUUUUCCUUUUCAUAAAAAAAAAAACCUUGCUCUUCGGCAAGGAGGACAAGAGGAUAUACAUAUUUUAUCGUUAAAAAUAUUUUUAAUAAAAAUUAAUUUCGAAAAGGAUUAUUUUUUACAAAGGAUGAUCAUGUCCUUCAUCUUUAAAGAUUACUACGUAUUAAUAUUUACAAAAUUAUGAUCAUUGAAUGUGAUAUGUAAGAAUAUAGUAUAGAAAAAAAAAAAAAAAAAGGAAAAAAGAAAAUUAUGGUUUCACAAAUACCAGAAUAAAACUUAUUUACAUGUUCGUUAGAAUUCAUGGAAUAUUAUCUUUAUGACACACAACUGACAAAGAUACCAGUGUUUUGUUUUACAAGAUAUAUCAUUUCAAUGGAAAUUGUAUUGUAUAAUUAACGUAAUAAUUACGGUACUGUCCUUGUACGUCGCACGAACUUUGUCGAUUUUCGAGGACAAACGCCAUUUUUUUUCUUUUUUUUUUUUUUUAGAUUCCGUAUGCUUCGUUUUCUAGAAGUAGCGUUUCUGAUCACGUCACGUAACAUUAUUUUCCUAUAUAAUUGUCUUAUUUUACUGGGGAAAAAAAAAAAAAAAAAAAAAGAAAAAGAAAAAAAAACCAUAGAUUAUUAGAAGAUAAAAUCAAACAGAACUAUAUAAUAUAGAUAAAUAUAUAUAUUUUUUCAAAAAUAUCGUUCAUUUUAUUCUUGAUUCAAUUUGUUUAAUUUUUCUAACAACAAAUUGCCGAAUGAAUCUCUAUAUUGUGGACUUGUGAAAUUCAAUAAACUGUAUGGCGUUUCAAAAUAUUCAUUUCCCUUAUUGGAAGUGUCGUCGUGUUCGUUUCCAACAAUUGUAAAACCUGCACUGGAUAAUUCAAUGCAAAAUUUUGAAUUCUCCAAUGUUGUUAAAUUGAGAUAGAUAACUCGAUUCGUACUGCACAAUCUGUCGGAUAAUUUUACGUCGUUCACGUGAUUCUUGAUAUCAUUGAUGACAGCUUGUGCUUCCAGCUUCCAUUGUUCCUCAUCUAAUAUCUUAUCCUCGUUGUUCUCCAUAUUUGUCGUUUUAAUAAUUUUAUUCUUUCAUUAAUAUAUUUCGAUAUUCGCGGUUAGAAUUAUUUUGGAUUUUCAUCAAUCAAUUUUUAGCAGUGUCACAAUUCGAUUCUUGGCAAUCGAUAAAGGAAGAUAGUUUCAUGCCAAAAUCGUGUUUUUAUCACACGACGCAACACGUGCACAGGUUAGAUUCAGGGUCAAAGACCACGAUUGGUAAUUGCGUAAGUUUAUUCGUAUUAUUUCCGUUUAAAAGGUGGCUACAGUGUCGUACUCUCAAAAAUCUGGUGAAAACUUUGACAGAUAUUAUUAUGCUUGAUAUUAACAACUGUUUUAUGCAAAAUGUCGUAAUACUGAUUGUGUACGUAUAUUUUACAUACGACUACAUCUACAUUUUAUACGUGAUGUCUCUUUUUCAUCUAUCCCGUAGUCAUGGUUACGAUACAUCGAAUGCAGUGACGUAGAUACAAUACACAUACAUAUAUAUAUGUUUAUAUAUCAUAUAUAUGUUUAUAUUUGUGUAUAUAUAUAUAUAUAUAUAUACAUAUAAACAUACACACACAUGUACAUAAACAAUAUAAGUUACUUGAUAAUCGAAUUGACUUUGAUGUAGCAAGUGAAAAUACAAAUUAAAAAAAUUUCCGUUCUGGAUGACGUCGUUUAGAAAGCGGAAUUUAAAAUUUAUCCAACAGAAUUUAUUAAUAGCGAGGUUAUAUUAUUUCCUUGACAAGUACAUUUAAAAUACAACUGUGAAGAAAAAGUUAACAUUUCAAAAUGAAAAAUGAUAGAUAUACGAUAUCUUAUCAAUUUGAAUAAACACACGUAUUCAUCAUUUAUGCCAAUAGUAAGGUUAUACUAAUUUGUAAUUUAUUCAGCUCGAUAAAAUCAAAUAAAGUAUAAUAAACUAAUGUAAUUUUUUAAAUUAUUUAUAUUGAUUUCAUUUUUAUUUUUCUUUUUUAUUAUUAUUAUUAUUUUUUUUUUUAGUAUUGCAUUAUUUAAAUGUAGCACAUUAUUUAAAUUGAUCGAAGAAGCACAGUAAUCGAACACACCCUCGAUUUUCACGUCAGUGACGUCCUCAUUCGUCGCCCUUAUUAGUUCGUAUACUUACCACGUCGAAGAGUACGUCGCUUCAGUCGCUCACUCUGCCACGUAAUGUUGUGUGUGCCGUUUGUAAGUUGCGUUUGUGAAAAGAUUUACGUAAAAUUUAUUGUUAAUGUUUGCGAUGUGCGGCUGUGUAAUCGAGAAAAUAUAAGAUCGGUCGAUCUUCUUUGUAAGAAUCUCAUCGAGGAGUGAUUUUUAAAGAAAGAACAACAUGUCUCAUCCAGGUGAUUAUCAGUAUCAAUCAUAUGUAGAUCCUAAUAAUUCCUUAAAAAGUGAACGAGUACCGAUAGUAAAUGGUCAAUCUACUGUUAAUCAGCAUAUACAAAACGGCAUGCAAUCACCACAUUCUAAUCUAACUGGUACACCAUCAUCACAAUCAUCUCGUGAUCCAUCAAGAGAAACAUCGAGAGAUCCAUCUCCAACUCAAUAUUUACACAAUCAAUAUAGACCACAAUUACCAAGACCUCCUAUGCCACCGAUUAAUGGACAGCAAAAUAUGCAUUUGAAUGUUAGGCCUCCUUUACCAACUAUCACGCAAACACAACAAUGUAAUCCUGCCACAAUUCCUUAUCCCCAUAACCAAUUCAAUUCUAGUGCCACAAAUAUUGCUCCUCUGAAUAAUACUGGCAAUGCCUCUUCUGCAUUUGUUAGUUUGUCUUCAAAUGUACAAGGAAAUCAAGAUCUUAAUUCACAUAAUAUGCCUUCUAUAACUCAAGUCUCACCAACAAAUUCAAGUCAUAAUACAUUAUCAGAAUCCGAUGGUAAAAAGGGAACUGCUAAUUUCCCUUCCACUGAAUCUACUAUAAUUGAAAGGACAUCUACUUCUCAGACUACAGGCCUAUCAAGUGAUACAAGCUAUGUACCUGCAAUAUUCGAAAACUUUGAUAAUGCAAGUCAAAAGCCUUCUAUUAUGCAAAAUCCAUCUGGACACUCUUUGGGACAAUCUAGCAUGAAUGUAUCUUCAUUUAAUCAGAGUGGUCGGAAUGAAUCUUUGAAUAUACCUACAACUACUCAAAAUCAAGAUGUUAUGCCACAACUUAUAAAUCCUAGCCAUUCUCCUCAAAUGAUGAAUCAACGUAAUCCUAACUCAACAGUUUUGAGAAAUACAUCUCAAAAUGUUAAUUCUGAGAGACAGCCUGUAAAUUUUGCAUCGCCUCAAAAUUUGCAGAGUUAUUUGUCCCAGCCUAAAUAUGGAAGUCAGCAAAAUAUUUUCAACAGUCCUCAGAAUGUACAAGGCAAUACACAAAAUGUGCCAUCAUUUGCGCAUAAUUCCAGUGCUAGUAUGCAAAACUUAUUUGUUAAACAACAACAAACUCAACAUACUCUUUAUAGUCCAAAUAUGUCUGGAUCAAGAAACAUUACAGGAGCUCAGGAUAAUUUACCACCACAAUCAAGAGUGCAGUCUUUACAUUCAUUACAGUCAACAGUACAAAAUCAGACAUUUGGCAGUCAUGCAGAUUUACUUGGGCAGGGAUCAACUUCACAACUGAGUCAUAAUAUGUAUGGUAGUCAACCAAAUUUAACUAGCCAAAGAAAUUAUGCGCAAAAUUAUUAUGGAACACAAAUGCCACCAAGCACUGCCAAUAUCUCAAGCUCUGUAAUAACACCUCCAAGAUUUAGUGAACCUUCUAAUAAUCCUGGUUUAUCUUCUAUAAGGCAGCCGAUAACUAUGCCACCUCCUACAGGACAACAUUUGGGUAAAUAUGAUGUACAACCACCAUAUCCUGGACAAUUAUCUAAUAUUUCUUUAGAUCCAAUGUCUGUAAGAUACCCUGGAUCAUAUCCUGAUCAAAUGAAUCAACUAAAUAGACAAAUGAAUACAAUGUCAGUUACACAGGCUGGUUAUAAUAAAAUAUGGGGUAUGGAAUCCAUUGAUUUACUACAGACUAGAAAUAUUCUACCUUCUGAAAAAGUAGAGCCACCAAAAGUUAGAUUACAUCAAGAAUUUUUGGAUAGUGUUAAUUGUAGUCCAGAUAUAUUUAGAUGUACAUUGACAAAAAUUCCUGAGACUAAUUCAUUGCUGCAGAAGUCAAGGUUACCACUUGGGAUUUUAAUACAUCCUUUCAAAGAUUUAAACCAAUUACCUGUAAUUCAGUGUAGCACAAUUGUACGUUGUCGUAUUUGCAGAACAUAUAUCAAUCCAUUUGUGUACUUUGUUGAUUCCAAGAGAUGGAAAUGUAAUUUAUGCUAUAGAGUAAAUGACCUUCCAGGAGAGUUUCAAUUUGAUCCAGUAACUCAAUCUUUUGGGGACCCAUCCAGAAGGCCAGAAGUCAAAACAAGUACCAUUGAAUUUAUCGCACCUAGUGAAUAUAUGCUCCGUCCCCCGCAGCCAGCAGUUUAUCUUUUUAUAUUGGAUGUUUCAAGACUUGCAGUGGAAAGUGGUUAUCUCACUGUAGUAUGUAACACAAUAACUGACGAAUUAUCAAGAUUACCAGGUGAUGGAAGAACACAAAUUGGAUUUUUGGCAGUAGAUUCAACAAUACACUUUUUCAGUAUGCCUGACAAUGUAUCACAGCCUCAUGAAAUGAUUAUGUUAGAUGUGGAUGAUGUUUUCCUUCCAUGCCCAGACAAUUUAAUUGUUAAUCUUAAAGAACGGGAAGAGUUAGUAAAAGAUUUGUUAGCCCAAUUGCCAACUAAAUUCCAGGGUACUCAUGAUACAAAUAGUGCAUUAGGAGCUGCUUUGCAAGCGGCAUACAAAUUGAUGUCACCUACUGGAGGAAGAAUGACUGUAUUUCAAACAUGUUUACCAAAUAUGGGACCUGGUGCUCUACAAUCAAGAGAAGAUCCAAAUGUUCGAGCUAGUAAAGAUGUGCCUCAUUUGAAUCCAGCAACUGAUUUUUAUAAAAGAUUAGCAUUAGACUGUAGUGGGCAACAGAUCGCUGUUGAUUUGUUUUUAUUAAAUAGUCAAUACAGCGAUUUGGCAACGCUUUCUGGUAUGUGCAAAUUUUCUGGUGGUUGUAUAUUUCAUUUACCACUGUUUCGGUCGUCUAAGCUUCAACAUAUGGAGUCAUUGGAGCGAAUAUUACGACGUUAUCUAACUCGAAAGAUAGGAUUUGAAGCUGUAAUGAGAAUACGUUGUACACGUGGCCUUAGUAUUCAUACUUUCCAUGGCAAUUUCUUUGUUCGCUCUACCGAUUUACUAAGUUUACCGAAUGUAAAUCCAGAUGCUGGAUUUGGAAUGCAAAUUUCAAUCGAAGAGAGUCUUGCUGAAACUCAAAAUGUCUGUUUCCAAGCAGCACUAUUGUAUACAUCAAGUAAAGGUGAAAGAAGAAUUCGAGUGCAUACAUUAUGUUUACCAGUGGUUUCCAGUUUAACAGAUAUUCUUCAUUCGGCGGAUCAACAAUGUAUAAUAGGAUUAUUAUCGAAAAUGGCUGUGGAUAGAUCACAACAGUCUUCAUUGUCGGAUGCAAGGGAUGCAUUGAUAAACGUAGCAAUUGAUGUUUUGUCUGCUUACAAAUUAUCCCAGUCUGUUGGGUCAGGUGGACUUUUGGCGCCAAGCAGUCUCAAAUUGCUACCUUUAUACAUUAUUGCUUUGCUUAAAUGCAUUGCUUUUAGAUCAGGCACAAGCACGCGAUUGGACGAUCGAGUAUUUGCAAUGUGCCAGUUAAAAACUUUACCAAUUUUACAACUUAUACAAAUGGUAUAUCCAGAUCUUUAUCCUGUACACGUGCUUGACGAUAAAAACUCAAUGGAUAUAGAUGGCAAAGUUUGCCCACAACCUCCUAGGUUACAUUUAUCUGCUGAAAAAAUAGAUUCAAGAGGUGCAUUCCUUAUGGAUGCUGGAGAUAAAAUAUUUAUAUAUGUGGGGAAAAAUAUUCACUCAUUGUUUUGUUGUAAUGUACUUGGCGUUUCAGCAUUUUCCGCUAUACCAGAAGAAUUUUACGAAUUACCCGAACUUGACACUAUAGAGAACGAGAGACUUCGCCAUUUUGUAUUUAGUCUGCAAGAAGAAAAACCGUAUUAUGCAUCAGUGCAAAUUAUUCGAGAUGACAGUCAUUUCAGGACAUUAUUUGUGGAACAAUUAGUAGAGGACAGAUUCGAAUCAGCCCUUAGUUAUUAUGAAUUCUUGCAGCAUUUAAAAACUCAAGUGAAGUAGUGGAUAAUUUGAGUAAUAAGUGAAUAUGAAAGAGUUAUAUCAAAUAAUUUGAAUUUUUUCAUAAAUGUAUUAUGGAAGAAUAGCGAAAAUAUUGUUAUUGACACAGUGAAAGUGCAAAUCGUAAGUGGCAAACUGUGCUCAGGAACAGGAUGUGAUUUUCCCUAUCAAGUUUCAUCUACAUUUUUCAUUCAGAUAGCACGGUAACGCGUAAGUGUUCCAGUUUGCUGCUGCAUAGUAAACAGACGAUAAUUAUAAACAUGUCAUACAAAAAAGUAACCGUAGCCUUGUUAAAAAAAAAAAUACGUUGACGCAUUUAAAUGUAAUAGAUUGUAAUUAUUAUUACUAUCCAUAUUCUUACAAUGUAUCAAUUGAAAUAUCAUAGAUCCAAAUAUCAUGUAUGUCACGUAAAUUUAUGUUAUAUCAGAUACCUAGUAUGUCUUAUGCAUUGCUUUUUCCAUUUUUAUUAUCUCUCUCUUCAUAUAUACAUAUUUUUAAUACAAUAACCAAACAUGUUCUAAUGAAUUUUGCAGGUUUCAUUCUUUUUUUUUUUUUUUUUGCUAUAUACACGGUUUAACGGAAAGUCUUCAUUUGUUGUUGUUGUUAUUAAUUUUUAAGGAAAAUAUUCUAGCCAUCUGUUUUUAUCUUAUGUGAUUGGAUUGUUAAUCCGUUAUUUUGGCAUGGCAGUUAAUAUAUAUAGCGAAGUAAGAAAAUUUAUAUAUAAGUUUUACUAUAAUUCCAUUAGAUUUAUUGAAAUUUUUGUGAAUUUAUGAAUAUUGGUAUCGUGUUAUUUUAACCUUAUGUUUACAAUGGCAUCUACAAGUUAAACAUAAUAUUUUUCAUAUUAUAUACUCAUUAUUUGCAUUAAUUAAUUAAAAUUUUGAAAAGAAUGUAAAGUUAAUAUACAAAGGAUUGUGUGUGUGAGUUUUUUUUUUCUUGAUAUAAUACGUUCAUACGAAAAUGUAAAAUAUGAUUACAAAAUAAUUAUUAUAUAUAAAUGGUUAAAUGAUUCUUACGAGUGUCUUGCAUAUAAAGUGCAUCAAUGCAAAUUAAAAAGGUAUAGUUUAUUAGGUGCUCAAAUAGAACUAUAAAUAAUAUGUAUGUAAAAUAUUGCAGGUAGUUGAAAAUUUCAUCAAAGAGCCAUUUAUUCUAGGGCAGGCAGUUUCAAAAAUAUAUAUGAAGCAAUAUUUGGAUUUGAUAUUUAUGACACUUCAUUUCUCUCCUGUAAUCGAUGCUGCCAAAUAAAAACUUUUCCAUGUAUACAUAGUAGGAAAAUUCAGUUUUUUCGGGAGAAUUGUAGUGAAAUAAAUAUCAAUUGUUAUAUGUACCCACAGAGGGCUAAAAAAUGUCCCACAGUGUGUCCGAAGUUCAAUCGUUAUAAUUCGUGUAAUGGCCUCAAACGACAAUGGUCACAAUAGCCUGACACGGACCAUUCAUUUUGGUAUGUUAUUUGAUUCAUCGAUUAUUGUCGAAUAUUGAUUAUUAUUAAGCUAUGAAAAAUUAUAUGUGUAUGUAUAUAUAUAUAUAUAGACAUAUAUAUAUAAAUAUAAAUAUAAAUUACACAUUAUAUGGGAUGAAUGAGUA